CUCCGCCUCCGCCCCCGCCUCCGCAUCGCGUGGCGGUACAUCGACAGCCAUCUCCUGGGCCUCUUGUCCCAUCGCGGUUGGAUAUGAACGACCGUUAUGCUACCAUGCCCAGGACACCAUCGCCUGCUGCCCAUUCUGAGGGCCGCGGCCUUACGCCCUCUCCUCUCCGUGAUGCAAUGGAGGAUGUUAUGACUUCUCUGGAGGAUAUGGGGCUGUCUCGAAGCACGCAAUCACCAUCCCCACAGCCACAGACACAGCCACUGUUCAAUAACCCCUGGUCACCAGAUGCCUACGAAGGAUUGAAUCAGAGUCGACCCUUGCGAACUUCCAACCGACCCGUAACAUCCAUGGGAUUCGACGGGUACAAGGAAUAUCAGCAACCUGGGAGCCAGAAACAUAGGAACAGCGUUUGGACGCAUGACCCCUAUCCGGAUGGCCCUCCGCAGCUGAACAAUUACGUACAAAGAAUGGAGAGCCGCCUCCGUCAGAUGCAGGAACAGAAUCGACAGGGCUCGGAGGAGAUUCAGCCAGAGGAGGACGAAGAGCCUCCACCGCCUCCUCCAAGAGGCGUCCCGUACCAUGGCCGACAUAACUCGAUUCCGGCACAAUAUCCAUAUCUUCGAGGACGACGAUCAGGACAGGACCUCCGUGAGGAUCUACUCAAUCGCAGCUACACAAAUAAAUCUAGCACCACGACUUCCUCGAGCGGGGUGCAAAGCAUCAGCACUAGUCUCACAGCAAGUACCGAGCGAACCAAUUUCAGUGUGAUGAGCGGUCCAUCAGCUGGUGGAUUUAGCGCAACAAGUGCCGGAAGCUACGCUAGGAGAAUGACGCCAGCUGAACGACCAAACACAGCGACUGAUACGUUCCGCUCUCGAGGGUUCAGCGAUGUAUCUCGGGUAUCUAGACCUGAGACGCCACUCACAGGGAUAUCAUAUCAUUCGAGCCACAAUACCUCUCGACAGGGCGCGUCUUCCGCCAUUCCAUGGUCUGCUGCUCAAGCUGCACCGGAAGAGACCGCAGGGGUGCUUGGGGGUCUGUCUACUCCAAAGGCCAAGAAACCAGGAUUCUUCAAGAAAAUAUUCGAGUCGGCGAAGACAGGAGCAGCUAACGCUCGGAGCAGCAUUGCGGUUGGUCAGAGCGGUGGUACUUUCUCCCCCUCUAAAGGACGAGGUAUCUCGCCGAUCCGUGCCUUGCAAUCUAGCCGGGACUCGGCUCGGGAUGCAGGAAGUGCCUCUGCCAUAGAUUGGGUGCAGGUGCGGCGUGAUGUCAACCGCGCCAGCUCUCCGAGUCACAAUGAGCGGGUUGAGAGAGCGGAGCGAUGCCAAAUGAUGGACCACCCAGUCAUCUACGCGGUGGAGGAACUCAACGAGACCGCGGAAGGUGACGAAAGCAUUGAUGGGUUGCCCAUCAGCGAACCUAACAAUUUUGGCUCCUUCAAUCUCAGUCUGGUCGACAAGAGCGCCCGCUUCGUCAACAGUCUGCCACCAAUGACGAAUCCGGCCAGCCUUGCCCAUGGGUAUGUGUGUCGUCCGUACAAGAGUGAUAUUCAACGGUUGCGGGCUAUCUUCACCUGGGUUAGCGAGAAGAUUGCUUGGGACGAGCCGGUUGAAGAAAUUGGGAUCGACCUGAAACGCGUACUACAGACGAAACGGGGAAGCCCUCAAGAGGUUGCGUUUCUGGUCAAGGAGAUGUGUGCCGCCGUUGGUCUUCAUGCUGAAGUUAUCAGAGGCUUCUUGAAAACCCCAGGAGAAUUGCACGAAUACGACGGCGUUGCACGCGCGAACCAUUGGUGGAACUCAGUCCUCGUGGAUGGUGAAUGGCGCAUCAUGGAUUGUUCUCUAGCCAGUCCUACCAACCCGCAAAGGAAUCUAUUCGUCACCAACAACUCUUCCGUUGCCGAGAGUUGGUACUUCCUAGCGCGUCCUCUAGAGAUCUGUUACACCCACCUUCCGCUCUCACCCCAUGAGCAGCACAUCUGCCCACCCAUCUCGCCCGAUGUCCUGAUGGCUCUUCCAGCCGCCUGCCCGCCGUACUUCAAGCUAAACAUGCAGUUCCCAGACUAUGAUACCAGCGUGGUCCGGAUCGAGGGACUCGAGGUCAUGCAGAUCCGUCUUCUCGUUCCCGCAGACGUCGAAUGCGCAGCCGAAGUCGAAGCGCCCGGUUUCGCCUGCGAUGCGGAUGGCGAUUGCUUCGAGAACGGAGAGACGGUGCGCAAACGGGCUCUCGUCCAGCCUGACUGGAUCAAUGGACAGAAACGGAUCACCGUCAAGGCGGUCUUACCGGGCGAUGAGGGACAAGGCAUGGUCAAGAUCUAUGCAGGCAAGAAGGGGCUCAUGCACUCCAGCCGAGACAUCCCCCAUCCCUUGGCUCUUGCCCUUCCUAUCAUCCACACGGGAGACAAUCCGCCCUACGACUUCGUGCUACGCCAUCCGACCCCUCAUGCCCAACGGCACGAUCUAUACAUCAUCCAGCCGCAGUGCGCCAAGCUGGCCGUGAGCAACACCUUUGUGUUUGCCGUGCGCCAGCACCCCGCUUCGUCCCCCUAUCAACCGGGCGGCAGCGAUCUCGGGGUCAGUGGUGGUCGUGUGUCGCCGUCGGUCUACUCGCGGCCGGCCAGUGCCUUGAGCAUGGUGUCCAGCUCCGCGGGAGGAUCGUCGGUCUCCGCCGUCUCGAACGAGUUCUCGGCCUCCACCUCGGCCAUCUCCUCCGGUCGCUCGCUGUCCGGGCGGGAGAAGCCGGCCAAGCUGGCCAUCCAGUCUCCCUCGGGCAAGAUCCUGCGGUUGACGCGCAAAGCCGACCACAUGAUCAGCUCCAACAGCCUGGCCGAUUCCGCCACGGACGCCACGGCGGAUGGCAGCGUGUGGGAGACGGUCAUCAAGAUUGGGGAACGAGGUAUCUGGCGGGGGUUGGUUCUCGCCGACCGCGUUGCGCGAUGGUGUGUAUUCUGCGAAUGGGAAUGCUACUGACGUAGCAACUUACCCUCCGUCAGUAACUUUAUUCUGGCUAUUGCAUUACCCAUGCGAAUCCUUUGCAACCCAACUUAACAUGCAUAUCCUUUUUUUUCCUACUGUCUUCCUUACCUUGAUGGUUACAUCCAGCAUAGACCGCAUCGUCUGAAGCCCCAGGGUUGGGUUUUUUUUCUUUUCUGUUGCACCCUUGCAUUUGUUUCACUGCACUUGCAUCUACACUCUGCAGCACGUGUCCCACUGCUGCAGGGUGUACAUUAUUCCUUUUUUUUGCAUUGCAUUCGGGAUUGUUUCCCUUCCUUUGGGAAUCUGAAUUAUAUAAUCAUAAUUCCCCCCCUUCCCCAAAACUCUUCCCAUUGUG